CAGGUCUUCUUCUCUAUCAGAGUCGGAGGCGCGGGGUUUCCUCCUCAGAGUUCCUCUCCCGGCUCAGAGAUUGUGUGAAUGGUCGGGAGAAAGUAAUUGAAGUCUUUCCGGAUGGGGUUACCCGACGCGAACUCUGUGGAAAGAUGAGACUUACUGUCCGGGGGUAGUUUGAGUGGAGUGGUGAAGGGAAGGAGAGACAUCCGUACGAAAGACAUGCCCGUGUGAGCACACGCGCAACAACUUAUUAACUCAUAGUUAAUGGAUAUGACAGUCUGAGGAGUUGGACCCUAGACGAAGCAAAUUCUGCCCAGGCUUUACAAUGGUUGAUACCGAAAUGCCGUUUUGGCCCAUGAACUUUGGUAUUAGCCCAGUUGAUCUUUCUACAAUGGAUGAACACUCCCAUGAAUUUGACAUAAAGCCCUUCAGCACUGUUGAUUUUUCCAGCCUUUCUUCUCCAUAUUAUGAGGACCUUCCUCUUGCAAGAACUGACCAGAUAGCCCUUGACUAUAAAUAUGAUGUGAAAUUUCAAAGUUGUCAAAAUGCAAUUAAAGUGGAGCCUCCGUCUCCACCAUAUUUCUCAGAAAAACUUCAGAUGUAUAGUAAACCUCACGAAGAAGCCUCUUGUUCUCUCAUGGCUAUUGAAUGCAGGGUGUGUGGGGACAAAGCUUCUGGGUUUCAUUAUGGAGUGCAUGCAUGUGAAGGUUGCAAGGGUUUCUUUCGCAGAACAAUCCGUUUAAAAUUAAUCUAUGAUCGAUGUGAUCUCAACUGCCGCAUUCAUAAAAAAAGUAGAAAUAAAUGUCAAUAUUGCCGAUUCCAAAAGUGCCUUGCAGUUGGAAUGUCUCAUAAUGGUAAGCAUCUGAAUUUCUGGUUAGUUGAUUGGUAAUGGUGUGUCAAGAGAAUGGAUUACAUUUGUUAUCUAUGAAAACUUUCUCCUCUCCUGCAAUCAUGAGAUUCUGUGCAUUUCGAAUAUACAGAGUUUAUAACAGGGUUCAGCAGCUCUUUAUAUAGAAUGUGGCAUCCUAUGUGACCUGCACACACAAGUAUUCUUAAGUGCAAUUUCUAUUGUUUUAAUAAUCUCACUUCCAUUAUAUCUCAUAGGAACAUAGACAUGUCAUGAAAUGCUAAAAGAGUAAUUAAAUAUAUAUAUUUUAAAUAUAAUCUGGAGGAUCCAUGGAGCCUUGUGCCUGCAUACCUUAUCUUGUCAAUCCCAAAUUCAACCAAGUUUUAAAAAAAACCGACAACGCAUUGCAAGAUCUAGGCAUAUGCUCCUUUGAGUUUGGCACUUAGAUGCAAUGCCCAUAGAAAGAUGUUUAAUAAUGUCAGGGGCUACAAACCGUGUUAAUCCUUCCUAGUCAUGCAAAAUAUUUUUUAAGACCUCAAGACUAGGGCUGCUGAAUGUGAGCAACGGCUCUUCCAGUCCUGGCAAAGGAGCAUAUCCUUGGAG